UUGGAAAAGCAAGAGAAUUGAAAGAGAAGAGAGAGGGAGAGGGAGAUGCAGAAAUUUUGAAAGCGAAGCGUUUCUUCAAGGAGGAAAAAUGAACGACGAACCAGUACGGGAGACAGAUCGAGGUUAAAUAAGCGGAGAUCAGCAAAUCAGAAUACAAACGGAGCUCGUUGUUGAAUUGUAAGUAACUAUGCCUUGUUCACCUGAUACUCUCAAACCCAUACUUGAACCGCCAUUGUUGAAACACCCUUCAAAAUGGUCAGAUCUAUGGCUUCGGAAAAAAAAUGCACUCAACAACGUCGUUUUAUCAAUGAAACUCCAAUCUCUCUCAUCAACACCAACUCUCGACAAAACCCUAGACAUAAAUCGACCAAAACAUGUCUCUGACCGAACAUCUCUUUUAUCAGACGAUCUCCUUCUCCAAAUCCUUUCUAGACUCCCUCAAUCUCAGAACAAUUUCAACUUUCUCGUCUCCAAACGGUGGUUGAAUCUGCAGGGCCGUCUUGUUCGUUCUCUUAAGCUACUCGAUUGGAAUUUUCUCGUAUCAGGUCGAUUAUUUCUUCGUUUUCCUAAUCUUACUCAUGUAGAUUUAGUACAAGGAUGUCUGAAUGUAUCUCGAGUUUCUGGAAUUUUGUUGACUCAUAAACUGGUUUCGUUACAUGUUGAUUCUGAUGAUGAUGUUAUAGGGGAGAAAAACAUGUUAUCUGUAGAUGAUGUUGAUUCAGGAUUAAAAGCUUUAGCUUCUAGAUAUCCAAAUUUAAGAAGACUUAAGGUUAUCAAUGCUAGUGAAAUGGGAUUGUUAAGUGUUGCUGAAGAAUGUCCAACUCUGCAAGAUCUUGAAUUGCAUAGGUGUAGUGAUCGUGUUCUUAGAGGGAUUGCAGCUUGUCAAAAUCUUCAGAUACUAAAAUUGAUUGGAAGAGUUAAUGGAUUUUACACUUCUCUGGUUUCUGAUAUUGGAUUGACAAUAUUAGCACAAGGGUGUGUAAGAUUAGUUAAGCUUGAGCUUAGUGGAUGUGAAGGAAGCUUCGACGGGAUUAAAGCAAUUGGUCAAUGCUGUCAAAUGCUUGAAGAGUUAACUCUAACUGAUCAUAGGAUGGAUGGUGGUUGGUUGGCUGCUCUUUCUUAUUGUGAGAAUUUGAAAACAUUGAAGUUUCAAUCGUGUAAGAGAAUUGACUCUGACCUUGCGCCUGAUGAGCAUUUGGGCUCUUGCCCAACACUUGAAUGUUUGCAAUUGGAAAGGUGUCAAUUACGAGAUAAAAGGAGCAUGAGGGCGUUGUUUCUUGUAUGCGAGAAUGUUAAACAAAUUUCUUUCCACAAUUGCUGGGGUUUGGAUGAUGACAUGUUCAGUGUUGCUUCUAUUUGCAGGGAGGUGAAGGUGUUGGCGAUAGAAGGUUGUUCGUUGUUAACAGUUCAAGGGCUAGAAAACGUGGUUCAACAUUGGAUGGAACUGGAGAGGCUGAGAAUUGUGUCGUGUAACCGAAUAAAGGACAGUGAAGUAUCACCUUGUUUAUCGGCCAUGUUUGACGAGCUUAAAGAGUUGAGAUGGUGGCCAGACACGAAAUCAAUGCUUGUUUCGAGUCUUUCAGGGACUGAAAUGAGGAAGAGAAGUAGUAGCAUCAAAUUCUAUAAGAAGUUGCUGCUUCCUUCCUGAUAAUGUCUGAUCUGAGAAUUGAAAAAAUGAGGAAGAUCUUGUUAUUUUUGUACUCUAAUGCCACUGUAUAAAUUGAAUUUCUUUGUUUUUGUUGUUCAUCUUCCCCCUUAGCUGCAAAAUAAUAGUGUUAUAGAUUAAUAAUAUGUUGAAUUUUAACUAUUC